AUUGGUCAGGCGUCGAGCUGAGACUGAAUUCUAAAGAGACCGGUCAGAUGCUCAUCAGCACCGAGGUCAAGUUCUACAACUGCAGCGUCCACCAACUGUGCCUGUCAUGUGUGAACAGCGCCUUCCGCUGCCACUGGUGCAAGUACCGCAACUUGUGCACCCACGACCCCUCCAGCUGUUCCUUCCAGGAGGGCAGAGUCAACGCCUCAGAGGACUGUCCCCAGCUGGUGCGCUCUGAGGAGAUUCUGAUCCCGGCGGGGGAGGUGAAGCCCAUAACCCUGAAGGCCAGGAAUCUGCCACAGCCACAGUCUGGCCAGCGAGGCUACGAGUGCGUCCUCCACAUCCAGGGGGUCAGCCACAGAGUCACUGCCCUCCGCUUCAACAGCUCCAGCGUGCAGUGCCAGAACAGCUCGUAUCUGUACGAGGGAAUGAAAAUCAGUGAGCUGCCUGUGGAUUUCUCGGUGGUGUGGAACGGCAACUUCAUUAUUGAUAACCCGGAGAAUAUCCAAGUGCACCUCUACAAGUGUGCGGCCCAGCGGGACAGCUGCGGCGUGUGUCUGAAGGCGCAGAGGAAGUUCCAGUGUGGCUGGUGCAGCGGAGAGGGGAGGUGCACCUUGCGGCACCACUGCCCUCCCAUCAACCCCUACACCACCCGCUGGCUCAACCUGUCCACCAAGAACGUCAAGUGCACCAACCCACGCAUCACUGAGGUGACCCCAGUGGCCGGACCCCCGGAGGGAGGCACCCGGGUGACCAUCCACGGCACAAACCUCGGCCUGGCCUUUUCAGACAUGGUGGGAAACGUGGAGGUGGCAGGGGUGAGGUGUACUCCUGUGGAGGAAGGUUACAUCAUCGCUGAACA